AUGUCAAUCGAGGUCAUUCCAUUGGCCGAGGCCGAUAUACCCAGUGCUGUAGACUGCCUUCAGAAAGCCUUCGCAGACGAUCCCUAUUUUUGUUGGGCAUUUGACGAUCCAUCCAAGUUCAAUGUACAGCGGAAUGCAGCCUCCCUUGGUGCCCAUUUCAGGUUUGGCCUUGGCUGCGGCUAUCCGAUUUACGUGGCAAAAGUCACCCGUGCAGCAAGCGAACGUAAAACUGAGCGUCCAAUCACAUUGCCACCAGGAUCUGUCGUUGGUAUCUGUUGGUGGUCCUCCCCAGAGGUCCACCCUGUCCACCAAACGUGGUCUGUCUGGGCCCAGGAAUGGCUCCUAUCUUUCCGGCAGCUCAUGUAUAAUAUCCGUUUCGCAGGCCGCGGAGGUUUGAAUGUCCGCCGGUACUGGAUCUGGAAAAGCAUGCAAACCGAAGCGCAGAAGAUGCAAUGGACCAACCCCCAUGGAUACUACUUCUGUAACAUGCUUGGCGUCAGUCCGCAGGCUCAAGGCAUGGGCGUGGGGAAGCGACUGAUGGAUGUUGUUAUUCAGAAAGCAGACGAGGAAGUGAUCCCUUGCUAUCUUGAAAGCUCCAAAGGAGCUCCUAAUAUUGCUAUCUAUGAAAGGAUGGGAUUCGAACUUACCGGGGAAAUCAAAUGUGCAGACGGCGAGGAUAUUUGCAAGCUCUAUUGCAUGAUCCGCAAGCCCAAACUCAAAGCCUGA